AUGUCUCGCGGCGGGCGUGGAGGUAACCGGGGAGGAUUGAAGGGUGCAACAUGGGAUACAACGAAUGACUACGUAGACCUGAUUGAGACGGGGCCUCGACCAAAUUAUCCAGACCACCCUCACCUCAAACAACCAGCACCCUUUACGGACGUCGAAGUACGACAAUUCGAUCAUUACAAGUCCCUUCAGACCCAAAUACAUCGUGGCCCCUUAUAUACCCAAUCUACGAGGCGCAAUGCCGAAAAUCCUGCGAAGACGUUUAAUGAAGAUCAGUUCAACCAACAAUAUGGAACCAAUCCCAAAGCAGACUUGGAUCCCUUUACAGCGGUCGAAACGUAUUCAAUGAGAUACCUGCCGAAGAAGAAUGUUAUCCCAAAGUUGUCAGGUCGUCCAUUCAACAAGGAUCUCUUUCCAAAAGAACUGUGGCCAACACUCGAAGGCGAAGAGGGAGAGAAAGUUCGCAAAUCGAUCAAUGGGGCUAUGCAGAAGAAAGCCGCCAUGAUGGGAAUUAAGGCCAACAAGGGUCAGGCGUUGGAAACAAUUCUGGCGGCUAUGGGAGAUGAUGAAGAAAUUGCGGAUCCUGAUGAAGAAAACCCCGAUGAUGAAGAUGUCGAUGAUGAUUUCGAGGAUCAAGAUGAAGAUAUGGGAGGUGAUUACAAUGCCGAACAGUAUUUCGACAACGGGGAUGAUGCUGAUGACGGUGACGGUGAUGCUGGAGGAGGAGACGAUUAUUAA